AUGCUACGCGUUUGUAUGAAUGGAAGAAGCAGUCGCGAAUUCAUACAAAACGGAGCGGGGUAUUUAAUUAAAUUGAGAUGUCUUUCUUCCACAUCGUCCCCUCUAGUUUCAUGUAGUUCCAUUAGCGAUAAGAAUAAAAGCUCCUUGUCACAGAAAGAGGUAUCCCGGUUACUCCAGAAAGAUACCUGGUUUGAAGGGCGAUUUGAGAAGCGAGUAAGAGAUGCGCUUAAUUGGUUUGCCACUCCCAAAGGUUUCAAGAAGUUCUUCGAUUCUGAUGAUACCAAAUCUUCGGACAAAGAGAAAUCAGACAGUCCACCAAAAUCAUCAGAUACUAAAAAGAGUAAGAGCUCAGGAGGCAGUGGCGGAUCUGGAUCACCCUUUGAUCAGUUUCCUGGUGGUUGGCAACAAAUCGCAAUUAGUGUUGGUGUCAUUAUAGCUAUUUAUUUGAUAAUAGACUAUCAGUCAUACAGAGAGAUAUCUUGGAAAGAAUUUUUCCAUGAAUUCCUUGAACCUGGAAUUGUGGACCGAUUAGAAGUUGUUGAUAAGAGGUGGGUCCGUAUUGUUUCUUCAGCAAAGACGGGGCAAACGUGCUACUUCAAUAUUGGGAGUGUAGAUAGCUUCGAACGAAGUUUAGCUGCUGCACAAAUGCAUUUGGGAUAUGAUGCUGAUCGGCAAAUCCCUGUUCUUUAUAAAUCAGAGUUCGAUUUCAAAAGGGAAGUUCCAAAUAUUAUUAGUAUAGCUUUUCCCUUGCUAUUUGGUUAUUAUAUCUAUCGUAUGUUGAAAGGAGGUGGAGCGGCUGGAGGUGCAGGUCGAGCAGGUGGUGGUGGUGGCCUAGGAGGAAUGUUCGGUGGUUUCGGGCAAAGUACGGCAAGGAUUAUCAACAGGGAGGACAUCAAGGUUGCAUUCAAAGAUGUUGCUGGUUGUGAAGAGGCCAAAAUUGAAAUCAUGGAGUUUGUGAAUUUCCUGAAAAAUCCGCAACAGUACAAAGAUCUUGGGGCCAAGAUUCCAAAGGGUGCUAUCUUAACUGGACCGCCUGGUACUGGUAAAACGUUGCUGGCGAAGGCGACUGCUGGAGAGGCUAACGUGCCUUUUAUUACCGUAUCUGGCUCCGAAUUCUUGGAGAUGUUCGUCGGUGUUGGCCCUGCCAGAGUUCGUGAUAUGUUCGCCAUGGCCAGAAAGAACAGCCCGUGCAUUCUUUUCAUUGAUGAAAUCGAUGCAGUUGGUAGGAAAAGGGGCGGAAAAGGCGGAAUGGGUGGGCACUCGGAGCAGGAGAAUACUUUGAAUCAACUGCUUGUCGAAAUGGACGGUUUUUCUACGGAAGAGUCAUCUGUGAUAGUCAUAGCUGCUACGAAUCGAGUUGAUAUUCUCGAUUCGGCUUUGUUACGUCCUGGUCGCUUUGAUAGGCAAAUAUAUGUUCCUGUACCGGAUAUAAAGGGGCGGGCUUCUAUAUUCCGAGUCCAUCUUGCUCCUCUGAAAACUUCAUUGGAUAAGGUGCAACUCUCAAGGAGGCUUGCUGCUCAUACUCCGGGUUUCUCUGGUGCUGAUAUUUCCAAUGUUUGUAACGAAGCGGCAUUGAUUGCUGCUAGAGACGCUUCGGAGGAAAUAACUCAAAAGAACUUCGAGCAGGCGAUCGAGAGAGUCGUGGCCGGUAUGGAGAAGAAGAGUCAGGUAUUACAACCGGAAGAGAAGCGUACAGUUGCAUAUCACGAGGCAGGUCACGCUGUAGCAGGAUGGUUUCUCGAACAUGCCGAUCCCUUACUCAAAGUUUCUAUUAUACCUCGAGGCAAAGGACUGGGCUAUGCGCAAUACCUUCCUAAGGAGCAGUAUUUGUACACUAAAGAACAACUUCUUGACAGGACGUGCAUGACUCUAGGAGGGCGUGUAUCUGAGGAAAUUUUCUUUGGGCGUAUUACUACGGGAGCACAAGAUGACUUACAAAAGGUGACACAAAUGGCUUACGCUCAGGUUAGUUCUUUAUACAUUUUACAAUGUUUUAAUAAUUAUUGUUUAUUAAUCUCAAACAACCACUUCAGCUAA